CUUUCCAACUGCACCACUGCUUCUUCAUUCUUCAGAACCAUGACUCAAGCUGCGUCAACAGCAUCUCUCAAAGUUAUCCAAAUUUGUUCGGUGGCACCACUUCAGGAACCAACCAUUUCCACCCUUGUUCCAACCUCUCUUCCAUUAACCUUCUUCGAUCUCUUAUGGAUUCGAUUUCCACCUGUUCAAUGUCUCUUCUUCUAUCACUCCCCACACCAAACCUCUUCAUUCCUUCACUCUCUUCUUCCCUCUCUCAAACAUUCUUUUUCCCUCACUCUCCAACACUUCCUCCCUUUAUCUGGAACUCUCACAUGGCCCUCUCACUCUCCCAAACCCAUCAUCAACUAUCUCCCCGGCGACACUGUUUCUUUCAUUGUUGCUGAGUCCGACCAAAACUUCGACCACCUUUGCUCCCAUCUCUGUGAAGCAUCACAACGCCACCAUUUAGCACCCCAAUUGGCUAAUUCCCAUGAUAAAGCAUCUCUGUUGGCGGUUCAAGUCACUGUGUUCCCAAACUCUGGCUUUUGCAUUGGAGUAACCACACACCAUGCAAUUUUCGACGGAAAAUCUGCAUCCAUGUUCGUCAAAGCAUGGGCCUAUAUAUUCUCUAACCUUAUUCAAAAGCUCAAACAAUACGGAAACUCUAAGGUGAAAGUGAAUGUUCGUCUGUCAACAUUUUCUGUUACGUGUGCGUAUGUGUUAGCGUGUUUGGUCAAAGCGAACCAAGUAAAGGAAGAAAAUGUGUUGUUCGCACUUCCUGUUGACUGUAGAGCGCGCUUGGAUCCUCCAAUUCCAGCCAAGUAUUUUGGAAACUGCGUUAAAGGAGAAUGCGUAGUGGCUUUGACUAAGGAGUUGGUUGGAAAAGAUGGGUUCAUUUGUGCUUUGGAGAGGAUAGUUGAGGCUUUGAAUAGGGUGAAGGAAGAAGAAGUUUUGAAUGGAGCAGAAAAAUGGGUUUCGCUUUUGCAUGACCCUGGGGAGGCUAAAACAAUUGCUUCUGCUGGGUCUCCGUUGUUUGAGUUUUAUAGCAUUGAUUUUGGGUGGGGAAGGCCAAAGAAGGUGGAUUUGGUAUCCACAGACAAAACAGGAGCAUUUUCUAUCAGUGAAAGUAAGGAUAUCAAUGGAGGAAUUGAGAUUGGAUUGAUGUUACCUAAAAGUGAGAUGGAAGAUUUUACUUCCCUUUUUCUUCAAGGAUUUGAUUCCCUUUAG